CCCAUCCCACUUUGGUGACACCCUCGCAGAUGAAAUGUGAGCCUGGGUGGCCAAGGAAGCCAGAGAAGCUGCCUCUUGCUCGCCAGAGCCAGCACCUUUGGGCGGGACAAAGAGCCCCAGCCGUAGCUCAGCCAGACCAGGACCACCGGCGCCCAGCUCGCACAGCCAGCAGGCUUCCUCAGUUCUCUGACUGGAGUCAUGGCCAGGAUUGCUCUGGACCCUGCUCUCGGGAGCACAGCCCUGUCCACCUGACCACACUGUACCCUCCACAUCACUGCUGGGGUUCCUAGCUGUCCCUUCACUCCACCCUCUGCCAGGUCUACCCGUCUGUCGGACAGAGCAGCUUGGGGCCACCAGCUUGGAUGGCCGCGCUGAGGCUGCCCCUGCGUCCUGGGGUCUUGCUUCCGAAGAUGGUCCUGCUCUUUGUCUACGCAGAGGAUUGCCUUGCUCAGUGUGGCAAAGACUGCAGAUCUUACUGCUGCGAUGGAAGUACACCCUACUGUUGUUCCUACUAUGCCUACAUUGGGAAUGUUCUCUCGGGUACUGCGAUUGCUGGCAUCGUGUUUGGAAUCGUGUUCAUCAUGGGGGUCGUUGCGGGGGUCGCCAUAUGCGUCUGCAUGUGCAUGAAGAAUAACAGGGCCACCCGCGUGGGCGUCAUCAGAACCGCCCACAUCAACGCCAUCUCCUCUUAUCCGGUGGCACCACCCCCCUAUACUAACGACCACGAGAUGGACUAUCGCGCAGACUUGCCUCCACCCUACUCUCCAACGCCACAAGCUUCAGCCCAGCGUUCCCCACCCCCUCCUUAUCCUGGAAACUCAAGGAAACCAUCCUCUUCCCACAACAGAAUAUGUGCCUAGCCAUUCUACCCAGAACCAAAUGCCUUAAUUUAGAAACAUGCAAAAAAAAAAAUGGUUGUCUACUGAUUAAGGACAGAUACUGUCUCAGGCAGCAUUGGAAGCCAGGGUUCCCGCCCUGCUCAGAGCUGACACUAGGUGGAGAAUUCUGCUGGGUUCUCUGCAGACACAUCGUAAGGGAUCCCACUCACCGCACAGUCAGAUUAAAGCAAUGCGCUCGGCGGGUCAGCUGAUACCCAUGCUGCUUUAAGACUAGCUAGAGGAAAUUUCAAUAUUAGAACCCCGAAUAAAAAGAAGAACAGAAGAUAGUCUGAUCUCCAUCAAGAAACAGGUAUGUUCCGGAUAGCUUUGGCAGAACAAGAAUUGUUCAGUAUUUCAUUUGCCCACAAAUAUGUAUGAAGCGCCUUAGAGUCUACUCCGUGCCUGGCACCAACAGCGGCACUGCACGGAAGAAACCGGAAGAGAACUUGGGUUUUAGCACAGGCAUUACCUCAUCUUGUCGCACUUUGCCCUUUAGCACUUUCCAGAUGUUGCAUUUUUUUUUUUUACAAAUUGAAGGUUUGUGGUAACUUCCUAUCUUCGUAUCAUAUUUGGUAAUUCUCACAAAAUCUCAAAUGUUUUCAUUGUUGUUAUUAUGUCUGCUAUGGUGAUCUGUGGUCGGGAACAGUUGAUACUGUUAAUAGUGGUCUUCUGUUUUGUUUCGAACUCUGCACCUAUAAGACAGUGAGCUUAGUACAUUGAUAAAUGUUGUAUGUACUUUGGGUGCUUCACUGGAAAACUUCUCCCUUCCCCUCCCUUUUCUGAGAGCAGUAUUGAAAUAAGGCCAGUUAAUAAGCCAACAAUGACCUCUAAGUGCUGAAGCUAAAAGAAAAGUCAUACAUCACUGGCUUUAAACUCAAAGCUGGAAAUAAUUCAUCUUGGUGAGGAAGGCGUGUUCAAAUCUGAGAUAGAUGGAAAGGCCGGCGUCUUAUACCAGUUCAUCCGCUAAGCUGUAAACACAAAUGGAGAUUUCCUGAAGGAAACUAAAACCGUCUCUCUCCGAGCGCAUGAAAAGAAAGAAAAGAGAAAGCUGAACCAUUGCUUAUAAGGAGGACUCUAGUGCUGUGGGUAGCAGAUCAAACAGCCACAUUCGCUUCAGGCAUAAAGCUUAAUCCAGAGUUAGGCUCCAACUCUCUUCAUCCUGCAAAGGCUGGCAGGGGCGGGCGAGACUGCUGUAAGAGAGGGGACUGAAGGAGCGGAGAUCAGUUCCCGAAGUUAAGGAGAGAAGCUGCCUCUUCAAUUCACAGCGGAAAGUGAAGCAGCAGGCACUGCUUUGUCGGCCUCGGCCUGCUAGCCCAAAGACCUACUUAGGAUCACCCCAUAAAGACGGCUGCAGUAAAUCUGCAUCGAGAUACAAAUAUAGGACCCUACUGUUGGAAGGCAUGCCCUUUAGAACUUCCACAGCCAGGGGAAAGAAGCCAUCCUGACUCCAAAGCCUCCAAAGACAGGCUGGCUUUCUUGUUAGUAUAUAUGACACAAAUGGUGACUUUCAGAUGAAGCCAAUAUUCAGUGUUCGUUUACUGCUCAAAACUCCUAGCACUCUUAAGAAUAUACUAAGUCUACUCUGUCUGUAAUCUAUAAUUAGAGCAAUCAAGUCAAUUUUCAAUGUAGUUUGGUGAAUAUUUUAAGUCAAGUGUUGGGACCUACUGCUCAGGGGAAAACAAGGUUUCUUUCAACAUUGUAUUGCUCAUUGACAGUACACUGACCAUCCAAGAGCUCAGAUGGAGAUGUAUGAAGAGACAAAGAUAGUUUUUAUAUUUACUUAUGUUCCAACCCACUCUGUGUCCCAUGGAUAACAUAAACUUCAAGCCUUAUAUAUGAUAAAGCCUUUUAUACAGUCAUAGCUGACAUAGAAAUGAGGUCUUCUGGAUGCUUGACAAAAUAAAUUAGAGGCAUCCUGGAAAGAACUCACCAUUGUAGAAGCCAUUAAAAACAUCCAUGAUUCAUGAAAAGAGGUCAGGAUAUCAAUAUUAAUAUUCUCCUGGAAGAAGCUGAUUUCAACCCUUGUGCAAAAUUCUGGUGGUUUUAAGACUUUGGUGGAGUAAGUACCUACACAUAUGAUAGAACCAUGAGGGAACUAGAUGGAACUUGAAGAUGUAACUCAGUCAGACCUCAUAGUAUCACUACCGAUGAACAAUGGCUUCCUAUGGGUGAGCAGUGAAAAGUGGUUUCUUCGGCUGAAAUAUACUCCUGGAGAAAGGUGCUGGAGACAGAAAUGAGAUGAUUGCAAAGGGUUUAUUUUCAAGUUAUUUGAUAAGCCAGCAGCAGGAUUAGAAAUAACUACAAACUUAAUGAAGACACACUGUUUAUUAAAAGCUACCAAACAGCAUCACGUGCUACAAAUAGCCCUUUGGUGAGAAGUUUCAAGCAUACAGCAGGCUUCACUGCACUUUUUAAGGAUCUAACAGCCUUCCAGCUUCAGCAGCCACUAGCCUAAUCUCUGAGCAGCUCUCACCUCUCCACCAACAAAAAGAUCUGGACCCGCUGAAAGCUUGGGUGCUAGUUGGUGUUUUUUAGCAAUAAAAUAUUUUUAAUACGGUUAUAUACAUUGCUUUGAAGAAACUUAAUACACAGCAGUACAGUGUAAACAUAGCUUCUAUGUGCACUGGGAAACCAAAAAGUAUUCAUGUCAUUCUCUUGUGAAAUUUUCCUUAUAAGAAAGACAAGCAGUUUCCCAGAGGACAUGGAAGAUGUGUUACUGAUAGCAAGUAGGAGAUCAAACCCAUGCCAUCUCUAAGAUAUAUCUGUAAAAACAAACAACAAACAAAAAGCCAGUUGCAGCAUCGUUGUUGACUAGAUAGCUUCACUGUCAAGACUCCAAACAAGAUUUAUAUGCAGUAAGGAAAUAUUCUAGAAAGGAUAGUCAAAAUGAAUAGCAGAUUAGUCCUUUUAGCUUCAAUUUUUUCCUGUUUUAGGUUUGCGUGAAAUGGCCAGCUGUGUCUCGUUAUUCAUUAAUUUGAUUAUUUAAACAAAAUCAAAGGUGCUCAACAGGUUCUGGGAGCUAAAAUCUCCUUAGUUAUUACUAACCCCUCCUAAAAACCACUUGGCUUUAGGCACUGGUGUAAUGAAAAUUGCUCCAACUGUGGAAUAAAAGGUGAGAAACCAUAUUCCCAGGAAUUUUAUAUCAGUAAUAAAAUGCCAGAAUUUGACCAUAUACAACAGACUUUUUGAAAGGUGGAGAUAAAAUUUGAUUUCUUUCUAUAGAAAUAUGCUCAAAUAUGAUAGCCAUUUUUUUACAUUUUAUAAACUUUAAAUAAUCUAUUCUUUUAGAAAAAAUCAUAUAAUUAAUGGGAAAGGUAAGGAGGCACACUGUUAUCUUUUACCCAAGUAGAGAUUCUUAUGAAGUGCUUACCUUCAAAUAUAAAAGCAGUCAAUAAAUAUUUCAAACCUGCCAUAGUCUACAGCAAGUGGCCUUAACAUUUUUCCUUUUAUGUGGGUCCUUUUGUGUACUUUUGAACUGUUUGCUGAACACAGGGGUUAAAUGAUGAGACCUUUAUGUCACUUUAACAAGGAACCUAAAACAGUCAAUGCAGUAUCAUGAUUAUAAUUCAGUGACAUCCCAAAAUGACACUAAGAAACUUGGUAAAUAACCAGAAGAAAUACCUUACAGUAUAAGUUGUAGAAUCUGCCCUUGCAGUUGGGAAACAAUAUGAGUGAGUAGUGACUUUUAUUGUAACAGAUAUCUGCAUUAGAAAUGUGUUGAUCUGACUGAAUAUGGUCUUCAGUGAGGUAUUAAGGCUAGAUUGGUUUUGAAUGACUUGCUUGGCUUGGGAGAGGAUAACCUUAGGAAGACUUGAAACCUUCAGGGGUUCCUGGCUGUUCAAGUAUGUGGCUCCCUGCCUCGCAUGAAGUAUUAGCACAGUGUUGACUGUGCACAGGCUUUGAUUUAUUUUUCAUCUGCAAAUCUGAUUAGUCUCUACUACUCUACAGCUAUUAUUCACAAUGCCAAAGUCUCUGGGGUUUGAUAAUCUUGCUUGCAAAUGCACUACACAUUCCUAAUUUUUAAAAAAAUGGAGAGGCAAGUUGUUUGAAAUGGAACACUCACCUUUGCACUAAUAUAGACCCACCAUGUGCAUCCUAUGUUCUAGAAAUACUACCUGCCAGGGAACCAUUUCUACCCACAUCAUCUCUCUUUGAGUUGUUUAUGACUUCCCCUAGUGUAUAGCACAAACCUAUACAUUUACAAUACAGGAAGGGUUUUACUGUUUUUAUUUAAUGUCAUAACAUAAGUGAAUAUAUCAUAGAUGUUUAAAGUUCACUGAUUUAUAUUGGAGAAAAACAGUAUUUGAUGUAAAAAUUUGGAUUAUUGCUAUUUAAAAACUAACAUUUACUAUGGCUAAAUUUUCUAUAAUAAAGAAUAAAAUGAGAGAACUUAUAACAAAACUGCACUAUAACUGUCUUGUGCCAUUAUUCUCCUGUUCUAUUUCUGCUGACUUAGCCUUUUUUCUCUGCACGAGAAAUAGGUCUGGAGCCACACUGACUUUUUAAUCCUGUCCCUCACUUGACUUGAGGAAGGCUAUUUUAUCACUGGUAGCUAAAUUUCUACUCUAUGAAAUAUGAAUGAUGUAAUAGGCCUCAAUGAGUUUUCUGAAAACUGGAUGAAUAUAUGCAAAAAUUCUAACUUGGAGUCUGAGACUUGGAAAAUAUCCUAUCCAUAUGAGCCCAAAUUAAAAUUUAAAACUAUGCAAUAAAAUUACAGCCUCUA